GAAGCGCGGGGUGACGAGGCCUCGCUGUCACCACCAGUCCCCUCACUCAACCCCUCACUCACUCUCACUCAGCUGCCUCUCACUCUCACUCAACCCCUCACUCUCCCCUCAACGCCUCGUACUAUACAACCCAUUUUUUUUUUAAUUCUUGUUCUUCCUUUAUGUGAUACUUGCGCGUUCGUCAAGCAAGAGAGCGCCGCCCACACACCCGCAGUCGACAGCAGGUGUGGGCGGGCAGUUGUGGGCUAGAAGGUGUAGGCUAGCAGGUGUGACUAGCAGGUGUGACUAGCAGCGGUGGGCUAGCACGAGGUGAAUCAGCAGGUGUGGGCGGCAGGUAUGGAGGCUCAGUGUUACCCGAGCGGCGUGGGCAACACAUAUGGGCAAGAGAGGGGAGAUGUCUCCAUGAUGACAGGCGUGGGCGGCCAGGGGGCGGCGACCCACGGGCCUCUGGUGACCGCCCACGGUCUAGCCGCUCGUUCCUCCGACUGCUGCUACGAGUGGGCGGCCGCCGCUCUCCCCGCCCACUAUACUACCACGCCCAUGAAAGAAAUGGAAGCAUGUCUCCUGGCGGCGGGUAAAGGCAGAGAUGAAUACACAGGCGGAGGCGGCUACCCAACCCAGCUAACCUGUCCCCCUACCCACCAAGGAGGAGGAGGGGCGCUUGGAAAGACACGUCCAGGUACCCCUCGAUCCCCCCUUAAAGACCACAAGGAGGAGCCCAUGACCCUCUCGGAGAAGACCCAUCACCAGCACCACCACCAACAACAACAACAGCAGGACCAGCAGCAACAGCAGCAGCAGCAACAGCACCAGAAGAAGCCGCUGCACGCUAAGUUGAUCAAUGUGUCAGCGAGUCUGGAGAUGAAGGCCCUCUGGGAUGAGUUUAACGAGCUGGGAACUGAGAUGAUCGUCACGAAGGCUGGCAGAAGAAUGUUUCCGACCUUCCAAGUAAGGUUGUUGGGGAUGGACCCUGGAAGUGACUACAUGCUAAUGAUGGACUUCAUACCUGUUGACGACAAGCGGUAUAGAUACGCCUUCCACAGUUCGUCAUGGAUAGUCGCAGGGAAGGCCGACCCCAACUCCCCCCCAAGGAUACAUGUUCACCCUGACUCACCGGCCAAAGGUGCCCAGUGGAUGAAACAGGUCCUCUCCUUCGACAAGCUAAAGCUGACCAACAAUCAGCUUGACGAUAACGGCCAUAUAAUCCUCAACUCGAUGCACCGUUACCAGCCCAGGUUCCACGUGGUGUAUGUCAACCCCAAAACAGAAGACGUGUCAGCGACCGACAACUUCAGUACGUUUGUGUUCCCGGAGACCAAGUUCACCGCCGUCACCGCCUACCAGAACCACCGUAUCACCCAGCUGAAGAUCGCCAGUAACCCCUUCGCUAAAGGCUUCAGAGAUUGUGAUCCUGAUGAGUGUGUGGUGGAGGUCCUCAACCAGCUGCAACACCCAGGCGGUGGAGGCGGCGGUAUAGGAGGAGGAGGAUCAACGUUACAGCAACGAGCAGCAGCAGUAGCAGCAGGCGUACAGCGUCAGCAGCAACAGCAGCAGCAGCAGCAACAACAACAGCAACAACAACAGCGACAUCCGGGAGUCUUGCCCACCUACCUGAGCUACCAGAACCACACCUCCAUCAAAGAAGACGAGUGCGACGCUGAGGGUGGUCUGGUGUCCCGGAUGAUGUGCGGCUCCAGCAUGACACCCACUAGCCUGUUACAAGGCUCCCCGCCCACACUCACGCCCACGCUCAACACCUCAUCUCGUAUGGACGGCGUCAGUAGUGGGGGACAGUGUGCGUCCCUCAACCAACCUUACGCCGGGGACAUGUGCACCUAUGGCCCCAUGUACGGACCGUACAGCUACGGAGGAGUGAAAGCACGGGCGUCACCCUACGCCCGUACCUCGCCUGUGUACCCUCCACCGUACCCCGCACCACCGCAACUAAACUCACAGUUGUACCGUCAACCUCCCACCUACCACGACUACACCUCCAGAUAGACUCUUGGGUCAUCCCCGCCACGCCAUCAAAAGCAGAGCUAUGUUGUACGCCCAUUUUCGCACGUCUGAACGCUUAAGUUCGUGUCUCGUGAACGCCUCCACCACGCCCACGUGUCCAGGUACUGGCGGCAGGGCCGUCCGUUUUCUCUGAGGAGUACUGUAUGUGGUCUUGGCGCGGUGAAGGAACAAAGUUCCUGAUGAAGGUAUUUACAGGGAGUUUAUCUGACCUGUGGGCAGCUAUGAUGCUCUACGGGAACUGUUGAAUCUAUGGUGAGUUGUGAGGACCUAUGGAGACCCGUGGAGACCUGUGCAGAGUUGUGGGUAUCCAGGAUCUUUGGAGACAUACCAAGUUUCUGGAGAUGUGUGGGAGGCAACGGGGACAGUGUGAGCUGUAAACAGGGCCCCCAUACUAAACUUUUGUGUUACUUCUUAAUUCUCAAAAUGUCCUUCAAAAGGUCAGAGACGCUGUAUUUCGCUGAGCGAAUCUUGAACUUGUCUUGUGACUUAUUAGAUAUUAAGAAGCUUCUGAGCGCGAGAUACAAAGUAGUAUAUUUUGAAGAAAUAUAAAUAGAUAUAUUUUGCUUACUGUUUUUCAUAACAAUGAUGUCUAAUGUAUUCCUGUUCUGAACAAGACUGAGGUGUUUAAUGCCAGCCUUAACGAGACAGUGGUGUUUACGUUCUGUUGAAGAAAAUUAACAUGCUUACUUCCGGUAUGGAACAAGUUGGUGAUGUUUAUUUCCUGGAAGGGAAAAGAUUACAAACACUAGUGUUAUGUGAUGAAUAAAUCAUAGAUGGUUGGACUCCCGCGGUGAAGUGUGAAAAUAUAAUAUUUCACUAUGAAGUGCCUGAUAAAGGUUGUGAGUUCUGACAAAAUUAACUGAUAAAACCGAAAAAAAGAACACGAUGUAACUGAGAGGACUAAACAGUGUGGUAGAGUUCAGCUGCCCCAUACACGUUCUAACAGUGAUACAGGUGAUCCCUACUGACCCUGGCAGGAGUGGGAGGGAGGUCACCUUAUUGUUCUCUGUGUCUGUCUGUCCCAUGGUGAGGACGACGGACGAACGGACGGACACACACGGCUCCUGUUUAUUGUGCACUACGACUAUCAAAAUUAAAACGUCUUAUGAGUUAAAUAAUACUUUAGUCUCCGGUACCGUGGCUGGUGGCACAUUAAGAAUUACUAAUGCAAUACGGUAAUUAAUUAUAAAGUAAUUAUUAUGUUCUAAUUUAACCAAGCCAAACCUAACCUAACACUACCCAAUUUAACCAAAGCACACCUAACCUACCCUAUAACUUAA